UCGACAUUCAUAUUCACCCAUGUUUAAUGCCUUUUAAAGGCGAAAAGUGAAUUAUUAAUCUCGGUUGUUAUUGGACGCAAUCAAAAUGAAUUCUCAAAAUCCCGAAGCCUUAGCUUACGUUUAGUUCACGCGAAAUCAAAACAAAGUUUUUUGUUAAUUCGUAGCAGAGUACACGAGGAAAAUGCCCUGAAUGUUCCGACUGCACUGUAAAUGGUCUCAACCAGUGUUGGCAAACAGAAUUUUGAUAAAUAGACAUUCUAGGCGUUUUGUUUUUGAACAUUCAAAAUAAGUUAUAAAAGCUGAGUCGUAUAGAGCAUCAAUGACCAAUUAGCUUGCCUCAAUUCAUUUUUGAGUUAUUCGUUUUUGAGUCCGAGAUAGCCACGCAUAAAAAUUUCGCCUUUAGCUUUCAACAUGAUAUACGGUGUCUUCAAAGCGCACUUAAAUUAAACCAAAAUGUUGACCAAUUGGGAUAUUUCAAACCCCGGAGCCUUACCAAAAGGGAUUGAAGAUGAAGUUGCUUUUUACUUUUGAAUUCAGGGAGUUGAUGUCUUUAUUGGAGUGUAAAAAACGUUCGUUGAAAAUUUCGAUCACUGAAAUUGGUUAAUAUAAAAAACUACACCAAGCGUAAGUAUUCUUGAUUUUUUUCUAAAGUCAGAACAGCCAGCAUAUAUAUUCAUUGCUUUCAUCGAAAGUCGGUACUAUAAGUAGUCAACCAUCAAACUGUAUCUCCAAUCAGAAACAGUGUAUGCCUACAAAGAAGUGCGCUCAAUACUGACCACCUGUUGUUGUUGAUGGUCAGUCCUCUUGACAAUACAGAAAAGGACGAGAUUCCAUGUGAGGACGCUGAGGGAGAUGCGUAUAACAUGCCAAAUGGAUCUGGUAAAUGGAGCUCAAAGAAAGAAGAGCAAAUUGAAUUGCGCGAGUCUUCUCUCAAAGUUUUGGCCUCACUCUGCGCCAACGACCCAGAAACAGCCGCACGACUAGUGAACGAGUUCAAUAUAGUGGAAAGAGUAAUUCUACCAUGUCUUCUCCGGACAGACGCCCGAAUCGACCCGAAUAAUUGCGAGAAUCAAAUUGAGAGGAGACGAUCGGAGGCAAGGUUGUUGUCUUCGUGUCUGCUCUUGCUUCUGAGUUUGACCAGAGCAGUUCCAGUGUUAGUUAAACACCUUCUAAUUUUACGCCGCCCUCAGAAACCAUCACAACUACCGAGCCAGUCACAACUGCUGAUAGAAUCAUCAGGAACCACCCAUCGUGGUUUUUACAGAACCAGUGCGACUAUCACACCCUUGAGUGUCAAUAGGGAGAGUGGGCUGGAAAUAAACGAAGAUGAAAGUGAACUGGGAGAAGGGAGAGAGAGACUCGGAGUGAGAGCAUUUUUCGUCCACUCACAGCCGGCUGAACAGUUAAACAGACAUCAAAGCUCCUCAAUCUACACGCUUCUGUUGCAGAUUCUGAAGACCAAUUGUGUAUCAGAGUGCAGCCACGGCUCAGCCUCUGAUUGGGGCUAUGACUUGGCAGUGAAGCAACUGGCGAGCAGUAUACUGUGCAACCUCUCUCUACCAUACGCGUGUAGCAGAACUGCUACUUCCGCUGUUAACAACUCUCCCUUCCGCAGUGCUGCCCUGUCGUCUCCCAGGAAAGCCCUGCUUGAAAAUGGGUUGCUCAAGGCGUGCUGGCAGCUAGUUAGCUCAAAUGAUUAUAAUUUGAGACUGAACGGAGUGUGGAUUCUAAUGAACCUCAGCUGCGAAGGGACGCAGGAGGACAAAGAACAACAAGGGAAACAUCUCAUGUUGCAGAUAUGGCAGGGCCUACUGAUGACGUCACCAAUUACUAAUACUGAAUCUAAUCACGCCUCCCCCGCUUCUGUACUGUCUCACCUGUUGCGUGACCCAUGUCCGCAUGUGGCAGAGAAGACCAGUGGUCUACUGCUCAACUUAAGUUGUCAUCUCAGCCGGCACACUUGCAAAGGAGAUCAAUGUGUGAAUGACUCGGCUCGGCUGGUGAUAGAAAAAGGAAGAGAAAUUGUGCAAUUCAUCUGUGAUGGACUUGAAAGGACAGAACUGCGACAUAACUUGCUGCUGGCUCUGUGGAAGUUUAGUUGUGCACCAGACAUGUGCCCUCAUCUUAUGGUUGAGAUGAUUGUGAAAUGCGAUGAGUUGAUGCAGAAAGCUAAGAAGAUUCUGCUGUUGGAGAAGAUUGAGAUGCGACUUGUUAGUUUGGUGCUGCAAUGGAUUGCUAAGUGCUUGUCGCCCACUGACAUAAAUUCGGCAUAUAACACAAGCGAUAAUAGAUCCCCAACUGGCCUCGCUGACCAUACUUCUAGAAGCAGUGCAAUAUCAGAUCAAGAUGAGAGAAACAGAAGGAAAGAAAGGAUGGUUGCUCACUUCAGACGACACGACUUCCUAUCCGCCCUCUCGUCUCUUCUCGGCACGGUGUCGAUUUUUGCAGAGAAAGGAUACAAACACCAUUACGCAGUUUCAAUUAUUCAACAAAUACAUCAUCUGUGUGGAGUAUUGCGAGUUUGAGAGAAACGACAGAAAGUAAAUUAGUCAGGCAUUCAAAAUGGUCAACCAGACUCUUAUAUUUUCAUACAGAAGUCUUUUUAAAUAUAGAUAUUAGGUACUUGAAGU